UUAACAUGUAAACACCAGAGAGGAAUGUGAUCAAUAAUGAAGCUUUGGAUCUAUAAAAGACCCUCAAGGCUGAGCGUCCUGCACACAGGUGGUGGUGAAAAGAUGAAGGCCAUGCAGGUGAUUUCCUUGACUCUGCUGUGUGCUCUCGCAGCCAGCGCUCAGGUGUUGAAGUUCGGUAAAUGCCCCACACCUGCUGUUCAGGCCAACUUUGAUCCCACCAGGUACAUUGGUAAGUGGUACGAGAUCAUGAAGCUGCCGACAGCCUUCCAGAAAGGCGAGUGCGGCACUGCCACCUACAGCCUGAAGGGUCCUGGAGUCCUCGGGGUCUUCAACAGGGAGCUGCUUGAUAAUGGAAGCAUUAAUUCUAUCGUCGGCCAGGCCAAGGUCAAGGACCCCGCUGUGCCCGCCAAACUUGAGGUCUCCUUCUCUGGAACUCCCCCUGGUCCCUACUGGGUGCUGUCCACCGACUACGAGGGCCACUCUCUGGUCUACGGCUGCACCGACUUCGGCCUUUUCCGCAUGGAGCUGUCCUGGAUCCUGAGCAGAGAGCCCACCCUCUCUGCGGAGACCGUAGAGCAGCUGCAUGGCAUCCUGACCUCCGUCGGAGUCAACGUGGACAAGAUGAUCCCCACCAACCACGACGAGGUUUACUGCAGCCCCAUGGACGAGUAAACAGAGUCACUCCUGUUUCAGCCUCUGCAGGUCUGAGAGACAGGGGGACAUGUCAUAGUGGACUGUGGUGUGUGUUAUCCUGUCAAUGCGUAGUGCAAAGACAGUGCAAUAAACCUGU